AUAAUAUGCGUGUUAAAUAAGUCUUUAUACAGCUUUAAGAAGAACGAAAGGACUGUAACCGUCUGCGGUGAGCGUGGUAAACAAAACAAAACGGCUGCUGCCGAGGUUUUCCGAAGAGUUUCGCUCUUCAGUGCUCCCUCUGGCGGUCCCAUUGCGGUAUUGCAUCUCCGUGCUGAGAGUGAGGCUCCGGCAAGCAUCCUCCCAAUAUCCGAGAGCAUCUUCAUGCAGCGAGGCAGCGAGCAGGGAGCCUCCCUCAUCUCCAUGCACGCAGACGGCUCUGAUACUCAUCACAAACAACACAGGGAGGGACAGGACACUCUAUACCAUGGCCAGAAACCGCAAAGAAAGAAACAGCUGGGCAGGCAGCUUCACGGAGAAGGGUGGGGCCUAUGACUGGAGCUCGGAGGAGGAGGAGCCUGUGGCGAGGGCGGAGCCGGUGCAGGUGCUGGUGGUCAAGGAUGACCACUCCUUCGAGCUGGACGAGGCGGCGCUGAGCCGCAUCCUGCUGUCCGAGGCCGUGCGGGACAGGGAGGUGGUGGCCAUCUCUGUGGCUGGAGCGUUCCGCAAGGGCAAGUCCUUCCUCAUGGACUUCAUGCUGCGUUACAUGUACAACCUGGGCUCUGAGGAGUGGCUGGGCGUGCCUGAUGAGCCCCUCACUGGCUUCUCGUGGAGAGGGGGGUCCGAGCGAGAGACCACCGGCAUCCAGAUCUGGAACGAGGUCUUCCUGGUGGACAAGCCCGACGGCAGGAAGGUGGCGGUGUUGCUGAUGGACACACAGGGCACCUUUGACAGCCAGUCGACUCUGCGAGACUCGGCCACUGUGUUCGCUCUCAGCACCAUGAUCAGUUCCAUGCAGGUUUACAACAUAUCCCAAAACGUGCAAGAGGACGAUCUGCAGCACUUGCAGCUCUUCACAGAGUACGGCCGGCUGGCCAUGGAAGAGACGUUUCUGAAGCCUUUCCAGUCCAUGAUCUUCCUGGUGCGGGACUGGAGCUUCCCCUACGAGUUCCCCUACGGGCAGGACGGAGGCAUGAGAUUCCUGGAGAAGAGACUCAAGAUCUCUGAGAACCAGCACGAGGAGCUGCAGAACGUGCGCAAACACAUCCACUCCUGCUUCACCAACAUCUCCUGCUUCCUCCUGCCGCACCCGGGGCUCAAGGUGGCCACCAACCCGAACUUCGACGGCCGGCUCAAAGAGAUCGACGGGGAGUUCAUCAGAAACCUGAAGGUGCUGGUGCCCUGGCUGCUCAGUCCUCAGAACCUCGACGUCAAAGAGAUCAACGGAAACAACAUCACCUGCCGCGGCCUCGUCGAGUAUUUCAAGGCCUACAUAAAGAUCUACCAAGGAGAGGAGCUCCCUCACCCCAAGUCAAUGCUGCAGGCUACAGCGGAGGCAAACAAUCUGGCAGCAGUAGCGGCAGCAAAGGACCUGUACAACAAGAAGAUGGAGGAGGUGUGCGGGGGGGACCGUCCCUUCCUGGCGCCCGCCGCCCUGCAGGCGCGGCACGGGGAGCUGCGCGAGGAGGCCCUGCGGCUCUUCCGCGGGGUGAAGAAGAUGGGCGGGGAGGAGUUCAGCCGCCGCUACCUGCAGCAGCUGGAGGGCGAGAUUGACGAGGUGUUCCUGCAGUACAUCAAGCACAACGACUCCAAGAACAUCUUCCACGCGGCCCGCACGCCCGCCACACUCUUCGUGGUCAUCUUCAUCAUGUACGUGGUGGCCGGUGUCACUGGCUUCGUGGGCGUGGACGUCAUCGCCAGCCUCUGCAACAUGAUCCUGGGGCUGACACUCAUCACGCUCUGCACCUGGGCUUACAUCCGCUACUCGGGGGAGUACAGGGAGCUGGGGGCCGUCAUCGACCAGGUGGCAGGGGCGCUGUGGGACCAGGGAAGCACUAACGAGGCUCUAUACAAGCUGUACAACGCUGCAGCCGGGCACCGGCACCUGUACCACCACGCCUUCCCCACCCCUGAGCCCGAGCCGCAUGCACAUCCCGACAGAAAGCAGAACUGACUGUCCAAAUCACCGCAACCCUGCGGGACUCCCCGGGUGCAUGAGAGGCACAAAAGCAUAGAGUUGUUAUUUUUGGUCACUGUACUAUAAUUUACUUGAUUGGAUCUGUGCGAGAUACAUACUUACUGUAUAUAGCUAAUGGGGAACAAUGUGCGAUUCAUACACUGUAUAUCGCUAGUCUUAAUCCACAGGUGCAGAGUCCAGGUAUCAAAACCACUUUAUCAGGCACCAUGCUGUUCUUGAUUGAUUUAUUGACUCAUUAAAUGUUCAAAGAAACUGCAGUUGCAUUGUUAACAUUUCCUUUUAAUUAGCAGUUUAGAUACCACAUGACCAUUUUAAAGGGGAGUAAUUAUCCAGUUCUGUACCUCCCCAGUUACACUAAUUAAUAUCCAAAUUAAAUUAACUGUCACCUAGUACAGUGCGCUGGCUGGGCUGCAAAAUUCCCCAAACCUGAAGAAACAUCUGCCAAAUUUUUUUGAAAUGAAAACUUUUAAAUGCUCGUGUCUCUCAGCUCCCAUUUUCAUUCGAUAUUCUUGCUCCGAGCCCGUGAGCUGCAGUGGUUCUUCUUGCAUGGUUUGUACUUGUGUUUGCUCUCAACCCCCACGUCUCCAACCCAUCUAGCAUACCUGGAUGAAAGAAGAGCACGUUUGAAUGUGUCCCAGCACAGCUCGACGCAGCGGAGCACAGGAGGUAGCGAGUGUGCCGACACAGAACCACUGCAGAUCGCAGAGGGAAGGGAGUUUGUGUAAGAAACAUGGCAAGACACACCCACAGAAGUGCAGUGUUUCACUGAGGAAUACAUGCAGUGUAUUUAAAUCACGCAUUCAGAAGCGAAAGGGCUUGUGAGCCGCUCGCAGUAACAUAAUAAGCGUACAGGCUUGGUAGCCAUGUGCUUUGUACCAGAUAUGGAAAAUGGAGAGCACAUUAAAAAACGGAAAUCGCAAAAUUGCACAACAUAGUGGGGCUAGACAGGAGCCGAGCCACACGUGGCAACAGUACACCCUGUGGUAGUUCCAUUAAUAGUGGAAUAACUUCCGUAGUAAAUAUUUCAUUUCAGGACAUCACUUGUAGGCAAAAUUAUAGACCCUUUUCCAUUUUGUUUAGACCAGCGAGAUGGAAACCGAGCAUGUUUAGGAAACACACUUAAAGCUCAAGAACCUUAAAAAAAAAUGUUUCUUCAGAUUUGAUCCCAUGGUAAUUCCACCAAUAUAAAAAAAGAUAUAUAUUUUGUAGGGGAGCCUAAGAUUGCCUGGAAUAAGAUGUCUCCCCGCGAGCUGCUAUUGCUAUUCAGAGCAAACCUGUAUUCCACGGCAGCGCGGGGGGCCCGAAUUUUUAUUGCUUAAUCUGGGCUCACAGAAGCAGCAGCAACACGUCUAGAUCAUUGCAAUGCAGCAUCCUUUGUACUGACUGGCAGGCUGAUGCUGUUGGAUUACAGCUCAGACUCUGAUAGUAUCAGUGGAAGGUUAACAAAGAACUAGAACUGUUUCUGUCUUGGAAAAGGUUUAGUGGAACACAAUGAUCUGAGCAGCCCUUUCACAGCACUGGUGAUCAAAGGCCAUGGAACACAAGGCAACACUUUUCACAAGUGACAUUUUGACCCUUUUUAAUUUUCUUAACUUUUUCCAAAUGCUUAGCUUGUGUUGCUUGCUCUUUUCACAUGAUGAACAUUUUUUUUUUUUGCUAUAAAUUGGAUUAAAAAGUUGCUUAGUGUUACAUGACCUUUACACAAACUCCUACAGUGAUACUCCCCUUAAUUUACACUACGCUUCGAAUCAUACCACCUUCUGAAACCCAGACGGACUGGCACCUCUCUCUGGCUGGCUGUCAGUCCGUAAACAAGCACACAUAAACCGAGCACAGGUCCGCCUUAAUCGCUUCUACUUGUAAAACAGUCGCUUGUGAUUUGUAGAAAGCUAGAAGUGUCUUGAUUUGGUUGAAUAAUUCCGUUUGUAGAAUGUCCUGCACUGCAUUCCAGGAGAACCAUCGCUGCUGCUGCCGCCGCCACUUCUCCGCACUGCUGAAAAACUCUGUGACUGUCUGCUGCCAAGCAACAUUAACAAGGCAAUUACACUGGCUGGCUCGACACCACGUAGCAAACACCUGUUUAUCAGAACCGGAGAGAUCAGAGCCCACGAGAGACGAGGCAGGUCGGGUCAGGUGGCCCCAACAGGGUCUUACCAAAGACGCUUCUUGUAUCGGAACACUAUCAAACAUUAAUCUGUCGCUAUUUAAAAGAAGAAAAAAAAAUUAAAACAAACUUCAAGGACAGCAACAUGCUUUUCAGUAUGCGUCGACUUGUCUUCCAUGCUGUGUAAUCUCUUCAUUCUCAUGAAGCACUGACUAUUGUUGAUCUUGUUUUAUAAUAAAUGGAGAAACAAAAACACGUUGGCGUGAUUCAA